AUGGCUAAUUCAAGAAUAUACUGUCUCUCUUUCUUGGCAAUUCUAGCAGCUAUCCAAGGAAUCCAUGCAGUGGACUACACAAUAACCAACACUGCUGCAAACACUCCUGGCGGUGCUCGAUUCAUUAGUGACAUUGGAGUUCAAUACACCACCGAAACACUGUACCUAUCUAAGCGUUUCAUAUGGAGAAUCUUCCAACAGUUCAGUUCUCCGGCUGACCGGAAAAAUGUUCAGAGAGUAAGUUUAUUCAUUGAUGAUAUGGACGGAGUUGCAUACGCCAUCAACAACGAGAUUCACGUCAGUGCAAGAUACAUUCAAGGUUACUCUGGUGAUGUGAGAAAAGAGAUCACUGGAGUUUUGUAUCAUGAAAUGACUCACAUCUGGCAAUGGGAUGGAAAUGGUCAAGCUCCUGGAGGGCUCGUAGAAGGUAUAGCUGAUUAUGUAAGGCUCAAGGCUUGCUAUGCACCAAGUCAUUGGGUGAAACCCGGGCAAGGAGACAGGUGGGAUCAAGGUUACGACGUGACUGCAUUCUUCUUGGAUUACUGCAACAGUCUCAAAACUGGUUACCUGGCCACAAAUCUUGAGGUGACUGUCCAAGAGCUUUGGAGACCAAGAGAUGAAGAUGAUAAGCAUGAGAUUGCAAGCUUUAUGGCAACUGCUGGGUUCCCAACUCCAGAAGAAAUUUUUCGAUAUUUCACCAUUUUCAGAUGA